CUCUUUGACCAGUAAGGGCUGGGCUGAGUUUAGGGUGGGGCGCUGCACCUGUACUCAUUACCCUGAGUCCUGGUACCAGGGCCAAACCACUGUGUUUCCUGGCCAUGCCGGGCAGUCUUAAGGACGUCUCCAGUGGGCUGGUAUUAGAGGCACCAGAAACAGGUGCUGUAGGGGCGGUGCUGGAGGCCAUGCCUUCGCUUCCGUUUCCGGUCUCGGCUGGGGGCGGGAGCGAAGGGUAGAUGCUGCGCUGGCAGAGGGGGUGGGCAGGGGCUGCGUUCCUGCCAGUCGCUAGACGCACCAUGGCUGGAGCGCCCACGGUCUCGCAUCCUGAACUCCGUUCGCUCCUAGCCGCGGGCCGGGCCCGGCUCUUCGACGUGCGAUCUCGGGAGGAGGCAGCAGCUGGGACCAUCCCAGGGGCGCUCAACAUCCCGGUGUCCGAGUUGGAAAGUGCCCUGCAGAUGGAGCCAGCUGCUUUCCAGGCUUUGUACUCCGCUGAGAAGCCCAAGCUGGAAGAUGAGAAUCUCGUUUUCUUCUGUCAGAUGGGCAAGCGGGGCUUCCAGGCCACGCAGCUGGCCCGGGGCCUCGGAUACACAGGGUACGGGAAGGUGUGGCUUGCUAGCUGGGAAAUGACUGGGGACUGCCUACCGGGCCUGUCCUUCCCUCACCCCUCUUUGUCUCCACAGGGCUCGAAACUACGCUGGGGCCUAUAGAGAAUGGUUGGAGAAAGAGGGUCAGAGGUAGAAAGUGGCUUAUUGGUCCCUCCUCCGCCCCGGCCCCCAGUGGCCACCUUAACUAAGGGUGAUCAAGGGGCUGACUUGCUGGGUUGGGCAACUGCUUAUAGUGCUGUGCACAUAAAAGCAUCAAAUAAAGAGCCGUUAAUUAAA